ACUAUCACCUCUCAGAUAUUUCAUACACUGCAAGCAAUGUCACCUUUGCUCUGUUUCCUCUCUCUCUUGCCCAUUUUCUUAUUUUCUUUAUCGAUCUUCUCUAACAAACUCAAAAGAGGGAAGUUUCCUCCGGGACCACGAAAGCUUCCGAUCGUUGGGAACUUACACAACCUCAACGGAUUGUCUCACACAUGUUUUCAAAACCUCUCCCAAAAGUUCGGACCAGUGAUGCUUCUCCGUUUACGAUAUGUCCCCACGGUCGUGAUCUCAUCGAGAGAAGGUGCUGAAGAAGCUCUCAAGACCCACGAUCUUGAAUGUUGCAGCCGACCAGAGACUGUCGCGACCAGGAUGCUCUCUUACAACUUCAAAGACAUCGGGUUCGCGCCUUACGGCGAGGAAUGGAAAGCGUUGAGAAAGCUAGUUGUUAUGGAGCUCUUGAACGCCAAAAAACUCAAGUCCUUUAGGUAUAUUAGAGAGGAAGAGAAUGACGUAUUGGUCAAGAAACUGAGAGAGUCUGCGCUGACGGGUUCACCGGUGAAUCUCACGAAGGCCCUUUUCACGCUCGUCGCUAGUGUUGUCUGUAGGCUCGCGUUUGGUAUAGAUAUUCACGAGUGCGAGUUCAUCGAUGAGGACAACGUUGCAGAUCUAGUACACAAGUUUGAGUUGCUCAUCGAUGGCUUCGCGUUCUCUGACUUCUUCCCUGGAGUGGGUUGGCUUGUCGACCAGAUAUCCGGACAGAACAAGACACUGAACGAUGUUUUCUCGGAGCUAGACACGUUCUUCCAGAAAGUGCUCGAUGAACAUCUUAAGCCUGGAGGAAGAGUAUCAUCAUCAGAGAGCCCUGAUGUCGUUGACGUGAUGGUUGGUCUGAUGGAGAAGCAAGGGAAAGAUGGUGACUCGUUCAAGCUCACCACAGAUCAUUUCAAAGGAAUCAUCUCGGACAUAUUUCUAGCGGGAGUAAACACAAGUGCCAUCACUCUAGCCUGGGCCAUGACAGAGCUGAUCCGAAACCCGAGAGUGAUGAAGAAAGUACAAGACGAGAUUCGGACAGCACUAGGAGACAAGAAGGAGAGACUCACAGAAGAUGAUCUCAACCAGCUUCACUACUUCAAGCUUGUGGUCAAAGAAACGUUCAGAUUACACCCAGCUGCUCCUCUUUUACUGCCGAGAGAGACAAUGUCUGAGAUCAAGAUCCAAAGCUAUGACAUCCCAGCUAAAACACAGAUGAUCAUCAAUGUUUACUCGAUCGCACGUGAUCCAAAACUUUGGACAAACCCUAAUGAGUUUAAUCCUGAUAGGUUUCUGGAGAGUAAUUCGAUAGAUUACAAAGGACUGGAUUUUGAGCUGUUACCAUUUGGGUCUGGUAGGAGAAUAUGUCCAGGGAUGAUGAUGGGAAUAGCUAAUGUGGAAAUGGGAUUGUUGAACUUGCUCUACUUCUUCGACUGGGGAUUGCCUGAAGGGAAGACUGUGAAUGACGUGGACUUGGAAGAAACUGGAUCCAUCAUUGUCAGCAAGAAAGCAACUCUUGAGCUUGUCCCAUUUAUUCAUAACUGAAAAAUGACUAUCAUGAAGCAAAUCAUAGUGUGUUUUGAUUUUGCAUCAUAUUAUUAUAAUAAAGAAAUUGAACUCAGCUUCCUA